UAUGUUCACCUAGAAAAAUGUUACAUAAACAAGAAGGUGAAAGCGCGUUUGACCUUGUAAAACUCGGCUGCCAUGAACGGCGAUUGACCCUUUACAGCCAAGAGGCCAAAUUCCCCUGUAGCAUCUAAAAGCGGCAGUUGAAAUCUUCUUUCGGUUUCCUCCGCUCGUCAAGCCGUUUACAAGAAACUUCCUGUGGGAAAAAACCAAACGAAGAUCAACCCCUUUUCUCUUCAAUUUAGUUUAUUUAUAUUUUGAUCCCAUCAAGUUUGCGUUUGUUUUUGUUGGGCUGUUGUGAUGGCGGAUAUGGUGAAGCAAAUCUUGGCAAGGCCAAUUCAGUUAGCAGACCAAGUAACGAAAGCGGCGGAUGAGGCAAGUUCGUUCAAGCAAGAGUGUUUGGAGCUUAAGUCGAAGACGGAGAAACUUGCUGGCUUGCUCCGACAAGCGGCGCGUGCGAGUUCCGACCUUUACCAGCGCCCUACGCGCCGCAUAAUCGAUGAUACCGAACAGGUCCUCGAUAAAGCUCUAUCUUUGGUCUUCAAAUGCCGUGCCAACGGCUUCAUGAAGCGCGUGUUCACAAUCAUCCCUGCCGCCGCGUUCCGUAAAAUGUAUUCUUUGCUUGAGAGCUCGAUCGGCGAUGUUUCUUGGCUUCUCCGUGUUUCGGCCUCCGCCGACGAUCGCGACGACGAGUACUUAGGCCUUCCUCCGAUCGCUGCAAACGAGCCGAUUUUGUGCUUAAUUUGGGAACAAAUCGCGAAUCUUUACACCGGUUCACUCGAAGACCGGUCAGACGCGGCGGCUUCGCUUGUAUCUCUAGCCAGAGACAAUGACCGGUACGGUAAACUGAUUAUCGAAGAAGGAGGCGUUUGUCUGUUAUUGAAAUUAGCCAAAGAAUGGAACAUUGAAGGUCAAGAAAAUGCCGCCAGAGCAAUUGGCCUUCUGGGUCGGGACCCGGAAAGCGUGGAGCACUUGAUCCACGCUGGUGUUUGCACAGUGUUUGUGAAAAUCCUCAAGGAAGGCCCGAUGAAAGUUCAAGCCGUGACGGCGUGGGCGGUGUCCGAGCUGGCGGCUAAUCACCCAAAAUGUCAAGAUUUGUUCGCUCAGCAUAACAUAAUCCGGUUACUCGUCAGUCAUUUGGCGUUUGAAACCAUUCAAGAACACAGCAAAUAUGCAAUUGCUAGUAACAAGGUCACGUCGAUCCACGCGGUGGUUAUGACGAGCAGUAAUAAUUCGAACAUGAAUAAUGUUGACGAUGACGAUCACCCGAAACAGAUUCCACAUCCGACGGGGAAGCAAAUGCCAAAUCAGAUGCAUAAUGUGGUUACCAAUACCUUGGCAAUGAACAGAGUGGUGAAAGCGCCACAAAAGCCGAGUAAUAAUCAUAUUAGGAGUAACAGUCAGGGUAAUGCCAAGCAAUUCCAUCAAGUUCAUCAUCAACAGCACCACCAGAAUGGUUCGAUGUCCGGGUCUAAUUUGAAGGGAAGGGAAGAAGAAGAUACUGCUACCAAGGCUAAUAUGAAGGCCAUGGCAGCUAGAGCUUUAUGGCAUCUAGCCAAGGGAAAUUCAACCAUAUGUCGGAGUAUCACCGAGUCGAGAGCGCUGUUAUGUUUUGCUGUUUUGUUAGAAAAAGGAACCGAUGAAGUGCAGUUUAAUUCGGCUAUGGCACUGAUGGAGAUUACGGCUGUGGCAGAGCGGGAUACAGAUUUGAGAAGGUCUGCGUUUAGGCCGAACUCUCAUGCUUGUACGCUCGUUGUAGAUCAGCUGUUCAAGAUAAUCGAGGAGGCUGAUUCGGAACUGCUAAUUCCUUGUAUCAAGGCUAUCGGUAAUCUGGCAAGGACGUUUCGAGCAACAGAAACAAGGAUGAUCUCUCCAUUGGUUAAACUUCUUGAUGAAAGGGAAGCCGAAGUUUCCAAUGAAGCUGCCAUUGCUCUUACCAAAUUCGCUUGCACCAACAACUACCUACAUCUCGAUCACUCCAAGUCAAUCAUUAGUGCAGGAGGUGCAAAGCAUUUGAUUCAGCUCGUGUAUUUCGGGGAACAAAUUGUUCAACACUCAGCAUUCGUUCUCCUAUGCUACAUUGCCCUCCAUGUACCGGAUAGCGAAGAACUCGCCCAAGCCGAAGUGCUAACGGUGCUGGAAUGGGCAUCCAAGCAAUCCAACAUGACCCAAGAUCAAACAGUAGACAGAAUUCUACCAGAAGCCAAAAGUAGAUUGGAGCUCUAUCAGUCUAGAGGUUCAAGGGCAUUUCAUUGACUCAAUCGUUUUUCCCAUCAUGGCUCCCUGUUUCGGAACAACAUCCCAUCGUUUUUCUUUGGAAAUUCACCAUUCUAAUGUGUUGUACAUACAGUUAGCAGUAUUCUUCCAUGGUUGAUCAUAGUUGCAUG